CAUCGCGCCGCCCGUGAGGCGCAGCACGCGCCGCCCGCGAGCACCGGAGCGCUGCAGGACCGCCCGCCCGCGCCCCGGCAGGUAUCUGUCCAUUCCAGAACUAACAUUUUCUACAACCAGAGACUGAAAUGGCGUGAACUGGCGUUUUAAGUAAUUUGGUGUUGAAAGUUUCACCAUUUACUGAGAAGCUGGAACAGAAUUUGAGCUCUAUUCCUGCACUAUCCUAGGUUAUAAUGCCAUCCUUUCCUAAUGAGGGAGAUAACCAUGGAACUGCUCCUCUGACUUUGAGUUCAGAACUACCCUAUCAGAGCACAAUUAAAAGAAAAGUCAGAAAGAAGAAGAAGAAGAAUGGAGUCAUCACUGCCAAUAUUGCUGGCACAAAAUAUGAAAUUGUGCGUAUAGUAAUACAAGAGAUGGGAUUUGUGAAAACGCGUGAUGAGGAUGAAACAGCAAAUCUGAUCUGGAGUGAUUGUGCUGUGCAGCAAGAGAAGAUUGCUGAGCUGCAGAACUAUCAGAGAAUCAACCAUUUUCCAGGAAUGGGAGAGAUAUGCAGAAAGGAUUUUCUGGCAAGAAACAUGACUAAAAUGAUCAAGAGCCAGCCUCAGGAAUACAGUUUCAUUCCUCGAACAUGGAUCUUUCCUGCAGAAUACACACAGUUUCAGAACUAUGUAAAAGAACUGAAGAAGAAACGUAGACAGAAAACUUUCAUAGUCAAACCAGCUAAUGGUGCAAUGGGACAUGGGAUCUCUUUAAUAAGAAAUGGAGAAAAGUUACAAGCUCAGGAUCACUUAAUUGUUCAGGAGUAUCUUGACAAACCAUUUCUCAUGGAAGGCUACAAGUUCGAUUUACGUGUGUAUAUUCUUGUGACCUCCUGUGAUCCAUUAAAAAUAUUUUUAUAUCAUGAUGGACUGGUGAGAAUGGGCACAGAAAAGUAUCACCCCCCCAGUGACUCAAAUUUGAGUCAAUUGUAUAUGCAUCUGACUAACUACUCUGUCAAUAAACAUAAUGAACACUUUGAACGGGAUGAAACAGAAGACAAAGGAAGCAAACGCUCCAUAAAAUGGUUUACUGAGUUUCUAGAAACAAAUAAUCUUGAUGUCUCCAAAUUCUGGAGUGAUAUUUCAGAGCUGGUGGUGAAGACUCUGAUAGUGGCAGAGCCGCACGUGCUUCACGCCUAUCGCAUGUGCAGGCCGGGGCAAGCACCAGGAAGUGACAGUGUCUGCUUUGAAGUCCUGGGAUUUGAUAUUCUGCUGGACAGAAAACUAAAACCAUGGCUCCUAGAGAUUAAUCGUGCCCCAAGCUUUGGAACAGAUCAAAAAAUAGACUAUGUUGUAAAAAAAGGUGUUCUGCUAAAUGCAUUAAAGCUCCUCAACAUACGGACAAGUGAUAAAAGGAAAAAUUUAGCCCAACAGAAGGCUGAGGCUCAAAAAAGGCUCUAUGGUCAAGGGUCAGUGAAAAAACUGCUGCCGGGUUCCUCAGACUGGGAGAAGCAACGCCACACACUGGAAAGGAGAAAACAAGAACUGAAGGAAAGACUUGCACAAGUACGUAAACAGAUUUCCAAAGAGGAGCAUGAAAAUAGACACAUGGGGAAUUACAGGCGAAUUUACCCUCCUGAUGAUAAGACAUUACUUGAAAAGUAUGAGAGUUUGUUAGCCACCGCUUUCCAGACGUUUCUUGCUGGAAGAGCAGCUUCACUUCAGCGGGAAAUGAAUAACCCCUUAAAAAGAAUGAAGGAGGAGGACAUUUUGGAUCUUCUGGAGCAGUGUGAAAUAGAUGAUGAAAAGCUAACAGGAAAAUGCCCCAAGCAGCGAGGACCUAAGCCCUUGUGUUCAAUGCCAGAAAGUGCACAUUCCUUAAGGAAACCUAAGAACCACAGCAGUGACAGUAGCUGUGAUAGUGACAGCAGUGUGUCAGAGUCGGGAGAAGAAACUGAAAAGGAAGAUCACAAUGAAAAAAAAGAGAAAAAAGUUUCAUAUGAUGUUGAAGAAAAUAAAUAUAAAUCUUUGGAACGAUCAGGUAGAAUGAACUGCAAACCUUCAAAUAAAAAUGUAAAGUCUCCAUCAUAUUCGUCCCCCACGUCAUCCACAGGCCCAAUCCGGCGUUCUGUGAGCUGCCCUCGCUCCAUAUCAAUCCUCACUAUGCAGUCCCAGGGAGCUGAGCCGCGCCCCUUUUCAGCCAAAGCAGCUCUCCAAAUUCAGCGAACAGCCUCAGUGAACAGGUCUCACUCUUUAAGUCGUAGCCCAUCUUCAGCCAGAUUCUCUCAGACAGCCACCUCGGGAACUAUGAACUCUUCAGGGAGUGAGUCUUUGCUGCAACAGAAAACAAAAGAGCAAGAAGUUGCUUUGACAAAAGAGACUCUUCUCCGUAUCAAUGACUUGAAAGUAAGGUUCCCAGGAAAAACAAAUGAAGAAUCUGAAUUAAUUAUAGAAGAUAUUAUGGAUAAUUGGAAGUAUCAUAAAACAAAAGUGUCAUCCUAUUGGUUGGUAAAACUGGAUUCAGCAAAGCAACGAAAAGUUUUGGAUAUAGUCAGGACAAGUGUCCGUGCAGUUCUACAGCACGUCUGGAAAGCUCCAGACAUUGAAAAUCUACAUCUCUACCGUCUUUUUAACCGCCUAUUUAAUCGCUUACUUUGGAGCCACGGCCAAGGCCUAUGGAACUGUUUCUGUAAUUCAGGGAGCUCUUGGGAAACCACAUUUAGUAAAGGCUCAGAGGCGCUGACUCCGGAGCAGCUCCAGUGUUGCCAGCGAAUAGUACAGCUUUGUAAACACUGCCUGCUGGUAGUUUACAAACAUUCAUCAGAUUCAAGAGGAUCCCCAACUGGGAUGAGCCACCACUGGGAUGAUACAAGGUGUUUAUUGCCAAGACCUUCACUGUUCAUCCUGAAACCAUCCUCAUCCAAACUUAGCUGCAGUCGAUCUGGAUCGCCUCGCCCUAACAUUUUGUUCACACACAGAUACAGUCACUUGUGAAGUAAAAGGAAAUUGCUGUUGUAAAUAAUAGCACUCAAUUUCUUUUUUUUUUUAACUUGUGAUGGAGCUAAACAU